AUGUCAACUGACGAUCUCCCCUCCAAUCUUGUCCCGCUGGAGCGUGGUCUCAGCCUCCGGUUCUACGAAGCGGUUCUCUUGCUCUACAGCCUCAAGGAAGUCAAGUUCGAGGCGAAGAGCGUCAAGGAACCGGAAGCAGACCUCGAGUCCGACACUGGCAGAUCAUCGAGGGACUCAUUCCGAUGCUUCGUCAACAAGCUCGGCCAGAUCUGCGACAGCGAACUGAGAGGCAAAAGUGUGACGGCAUUCGCUGUCCUCCAGCCUGGGGGGAUUCAAUAUCGAUUUGCAUCCAACCAGCGGACGAACGAGGAGCUGCAAGAUGUCAAGAAAUACAUCACCAACAUCCUGGGAACUCUGGGAAGCACUCCUGACGACCAAUUGAACGGAGUGUUUGGGGCGGUUCUUGAAAGAGUCAUAUCCUUUAACCGACCUGCCAUCCAACAGCAUAUCAAGAACUUGACCAAACAAGAAGGGAUCAAUCACUGCGUGAAAGUAUGUGAAGAGGAAGAUACCUUUGAAAGUCGGGAAGCUGCCUGUGGUAUCAACUCUCUCGGAAAUUUUGCCUGGUUGUCCGAACGAGAAGAAAGAGGCGGACCGAGUGGUCUAGAGAUCUUUGUAACCGAAACGCGGGAGCUCCUGGAGACCAUCAAUCGAUUGUACAACUCUUCUUUUCAAGGAUUCAUGCGCGACAAGGCCCGAGCGGACAGAGAUCCCAAUUCAAAGACACCAUGGAGCGAGUUGCGACACGCCUUUGGCCGUCUUCAAUCCUACAACAUUGCUGUCAGAACACUUAUUUCGAUGCGGCGUCGGCGUCGGGAGCUGUUUGAAGACUUUGAGGUCGUACCUGUUCCAUCCAGCGUUCGAUCUGGCUGCCCGAACGUCCGUCGCACCCUUGAUCGUAUCAUCCAACGCUUUCCAGACAAGAUGAGAAUGGCUCAAGCAUGCAAUACCAAUCUCCCGGAGGAGCAGCGGGGUGCGGUAGAAGACAAGAUCAAGGCGUGCACAAAGGGCAAGUUCAGGCCGUAUGUGCAUGCCGAAUUGGUGUUGCUGGACUCAAUCCUCCGAGAGCAGCGCAAGGGCGAACCGUUGCGCUUCUUUGCCGAGGCGGAUUAUGAUCGCUAUAUUGGCUGCAGCAAGCCCACUUGCCGCCUGUGCAAGUUGUAUAUCGACAACCACCCGAGCGGGGUCGAAUUUCGCCAUGGUCAUUGUAACGUCUACCAUGAGUGGCGUGCCCCGGACAUCUACAAUGAUGACGGCGUCAAUGUUGCGGAAGCUAUUAAGACAAGACAGGAUAUCCAUAACAGGAUGCUGGAGACACUGCGGCAGACGAUCAAGAGGUGGAUUACUGACAAUGUGGCUGAGAGGAAGCUCCACGAUUCCAACACGAACGCGACUAGCUACAUUGGAGGAGGAAGCUCUGCUUACAAUGCACACUUGUCAGCACAGGCUUCUCCCGAUAGCAUGGACAGCAUGUCGACCAUGGGCGCGGUGGAUGACUCGGAUGAUGUGGCGACUAUGUUCGGAGGGCUGUCAAUUGGCGGUGAUAGUGGACAAUCCUGGUCUCCGAUGUCGGUCAGCAGAAGCUCACAGGACACAACUCCGGUGCAAGAGGAUAAGGCUGGUUCUCCUCGUGGAUUGUCCAUGGAGUCUUUGAUUGACAAGAAAAGACGACGCCCUCUGAUCAUCGAGGUUGAAGAGUAG